ACCUCCUUGAGAAGAUGACAACCCAGCACCAGAAGGAGAAGGCCCAGUACCAGAAGGAGAAGGAGCUGCUGCUGAGAGAAAUCAGGGACGUCACCCUGGACACGGACACGGCUCAUCCCAGGCUGGACAUCUUUGAUGAUGGGAAGAGAAUGAAGGACACUUGUGUCAUCAAACACUUGCCCAGCAACCCAAGGAGAUUUGAUUCCCACCUCUUCGUGUUGGCUAAGCAAGGAUACACCUCUGGGAGACACUUCUGGGAGGUGGAGGUUGGGAACAGAAGGAGCUGGGCCUUGGGAAUAGCCCGGGAAUCCGUGACUCGCAAAGGGACGUUGAGUCUGUCCCCUAAAAAUGGCUUCUGGGCCAUGGGGACUGCAGAUGGGCAAGACCAUUGGGCUUACUCAGAUCCUUGGACACGUCUGAGUGUGAGUGGGAAGCUGCAGAAGGUUGGGAUCUUCCUGGACAUCCCAGCCAAGCAGCUCUUGUUUUACCACGCCCAGGAGAAGGUGGUUCUGUACACGUUCAGUUUGGGAGGUGAGAAGAACCAGGAAGGGAAGGUUCUUCCUUUCUUCUCAACGGGCCCUGCUGCUGCCAGGCCUGACAUGGAGCCUCUGAAAAUCGUGCAGGACUUGGAUGAUGAGUGA